GGACGCGACUCUCCCGACGCGGGGAGGCUAUUCUGCCCAUUUGGGGACACUUCCCCGCCGCUGCCAGGACCCGCUUCUCUGAAAGGCUCUCCUUGCAGCUGUUUAGACGCUGGAUUUUUUCCGGGUAGUGGAAAACCAGCAGCCUCCCGCAACGAUGCCCCUCAACGUUAGCUUCACCAACAGGAACUAUGACCUCGACUACGACUCGGUGCAGCCGUAUUUCUACUGCGACGAGGAGGAGAACUUCUACCAGCAGCAGCAGCAGAGCGAGCUGCAGCCCCCGGCGCCCAGCGAGGAUAUCUGGAAGAAAUUCGAGCUGCUGCCCACCCCGCCCCUGUCCCCUAGCCGCCGCUCCGGGCUCUGCUCGCCCUCCUACGUUGCGGUCACGCCCUUCUCCCCUCGGGGAGACAACGACGGCGGUGGCGGGAGCUUCUCCACGGCCGACCAGCUGGAGAUGGUGACCGAGCUGCUGGGAGGAGACAUGGUGAACCAGAGUUUCAUCUGCGACCCGGACGACGAGACCUUCAUCAAAAACAUCAUCAUCCAGGACUGUAUGUGGAGCGGCUUCUCGGCCGCCGCCAAGCUCGUCUCAGAGAAGCUGGCCUCCUACCAGGCUGCGCGCAAAGACAGCGGCAGCCCGAACCCCGCCCGCGGCCACAGCGUCUGCUCCACCUCUAGCUUGUACCUGCAGGAUCUGAGCGCCGCCGCCUCAGAGUGCAUCGACCCCUCGGUGGUCUUCCCCUACCCUCUCAACGACAGUAGCUUGCCCAAGUCCUGCACCUCGCCAGACUCCAGCGCCUUCUCUCCGUCCUCGGAUUCUCUGCUCUCCUCGACGGAGUCCUCCCCGCAGGCCAGCCCCGAGCCCCUGGUGCUCCAUGAAGAGACACCGCCCACCACCAGCAGCGACUCUGAGGAGGAACAAGAAGAUGAGGAAGAAAUCGAUGUUGUUUCUGUGGAAAAGAGGCAGGCUCCUGGCAAAAGGUCAGAGUCUGGAUCACCUUCUGCUGGAGGCCACAUCAAACCUCCUCACAGCCCACUGGUCCUCAAGAGGUGCCACGUCUCCACACAUCAGCACAACUACGCAGCGCCUCCCUCCACUCGGAAGGACUAUCCUGCUGCCAAGAGGGUCAAGUUGGACAGUGUCAGAGUCCUGAGACAGAUCAGCAACAACCGAAAAUGCACCAGCCCCAGGUCCUCGGACGCCGAGGAGAAUGACAAGAGGCGAACACACAACGUCUUGGAGCGCCAGAGGAGGAACGAGCUAAAACGGAGCUUUUUUGCCCUGCGUGACCAGAUCCCGGAGUUGGAAAACAAUGAAAAGGCCCCCAAGGUAGUUAUCCUUAAAAAAGCCACAGCAUACAUCCUGUCCGUCCAAGCAGAGGAGCAAAAGCUCAUUUCUGAAAAGGACUUGUUGCGGAAACGACGAGAACAGUUGAAACACAAACUUGAACAGCUACGGAACUCUUGUGCAUAAGGAAAAGUAAGGAAAAAGAUUCCUUCUAACAGAACUGUCCCAAUCAAUCAACCUAUGAACUUGUUUCAAAUGCAUGAUCAAAUGCAACCUCACAACCUUGGCUGAGUCUUGAGACUGAAAGAUUCAGCCAUAAUGUAAACUGCCUCAAAUUGGACUUUGGGCAUAAAAGAACUUUUUUAUGCUUACCAUCUUUUUUUUUCUUUAACAGAUUUGUAUUUAAGAAUUGUUUUUUAAAAAUUUUAAGAUUUACACAAUGUUUCUCUGUAAAUAUUGCCAUUAAAUGUAAAUAACUUUAAUAAAACGUUUAUAGCAGUUACACAGAAUUUCAAUCCUAGUAUAUAGUACCUAGUAUUAUAGGUACUAUAAACCCUAAUUUUUUUUAUUUAAGUACAUUUUGCUUUAUAAAGUUGAUUUUUUUUCUAUUGUUUUUAGAAAAAAUAAAAUAACUGGCAACUAUAUCAUUGAGCCAAA